GCGGUGGACUUGGUGCAGAGACAUGGACUACCUCCUCGGGAUUGUACUACUGCUCUACGGGGUUGUGACGACCUCUGGACUGGGCUCCCAGGAACCAAAAGCAACGUCCCUAGGCUCAAGUUCUCCUACAAAGAGAUGCUGGAGUCCAACAACCUGAUCACCUUUAACGGCCUGGCCAACAGCUCCGGCUACCACACCUUCCUGUUGGACGAGGAGAAAGGCAGGCUGCUGGUGGGAGCCAUGGACCACGUCUUCUCCUUCAAUCUGGUCAACAUCAACAAGGACCACAUGCAGAUGGCUUGGCCUGCCACCCCGUCACGCAGAGAUGAGUGCAAGUGGGCCGGAAAGGACGUCGUGAAGGAAUGUUCCAAUUUCAUCAAAGUGCUGCAGCCGUUUAACCAGACGCACCUGUACGUCUGCGGGACCGGGGCCUUCCAUCCCAUCUGCGCCUACCUGGAGGUGGGGAAACGGGCAGAGGACAACAUCUUCAGGCUGGAGACGUCCCACUUCGAGAACGGCCGUGGAAAGAGCCCCUACGACCCGAAGAUGCUGUCAGCCUCUCUCCUGAUUGAUGGGGAGCUGUACUCCGGAACGUCGGCGGACUUCAUGGGCAGAGACUUCGCCAUCUUCCGCACCCUGGGGCAACAUCAUCCUAUCAGGACGGAGCAGCACGAUUCCAGGUGGCUGAAUGACCCCAGGUUUGUGAGCGUGCAUCUGAUUCCUGAAAGCGACAAUCCGGAAGAUGACAAGAUCUACCUGUUCUUCCGGGAGAACGCCAUGGAUGGGGAACAUUCCGGAAAGGCCACACACUCCAGGAUCGGACAGCUCUGUAAGAAUGACUUUGGGGGUCACCGGAGCCUGGUGAAUAAGUGGACCACCUUCUUGAAGGCUCGGCUCAUGUGCUCCGUGCCAGGAGCCAAUGGGAUUGACACUCACUUCGACGAGCUGCAGGACAUCUUUCUCAUGAGUUCCAAGGAUCCCAAAAAUCCUGUCAUAUAUGCCGUCUUCACAACAUCGAGUAACAUCUUCAAGGGAUCGGCGGUGUGCAUGUACAGCAUGGCGGAUGUGAGGAGGGUCUUCCUCGGCCCCUACGCUCAUAGAGACGGGCCCAACUACCAAUGGGUGCCCUUCCCGGCCAGAGUGCCCUACCCCCGGCCUGGAACGUGUCCGAGCAAAACCUACGGCGGGUUCGAAUCGACCAAAGACCUCCCGGAUGAAGUCAUUACUUUCGCGAGAGGUCACCCCGCCAUGUUCAACCCCGUCAAUCCCAUCAACAACCGGCCAAUCGUCAUCAAGAGCGACGUGGAGUACCAGUUCUCCCAGAUAGUGGUGGACAGGGUGGAGGCAGAGGAUGGGCAGUACGAUGUCAUGUUUAUCGGAACAGACGUGGGGACCGUUCUGAAGGUGGUGUCCAUUCCCAGGGAAUCCUGGCACGACUUGGAGGAAGUUCUUCUCGAGGAGAUGACUGUGUUUCGGGAACCCGCCGCCAUUACCGCCAUGGACAUAUCAACCAAGCAGCAACAGCUGUAUCUGGGCUCAGCCAUUGGUGUAUCCCAGAUGCCUUUGCACCGGUGCGAUGUGUACGGGAAGGCGUGUGCCGAAUGCUGCCUGGCGCGGGACCCCUACUGCGCUUGGGACGGGACCCAGUGCUCCCGCUACUUCCCCACCGCCAAGAGGCGAAGUAGACGGCAGGACAUCAGGAACGGUGACCCCCUGACACAGUGCUCUGAUCUGCAGCAGCACGAUGACGUGAACGGCCAGGGCGUGGCAGAGAACAAGGUCAUCUACGGGGUGGAGAACAGCAGCACGUUUCUGGAGUGCAGUCCCAAGUCCCAGCGCGCGCUCAUCUACUGGCAGUUCCAGAGACAGAACGAGGAGGGGAAGCAGGAGAUAAAGGCCGGGGACCGGUUCGUGCGUACGGAGCAGGGCCUGCUGAUCCGCAUCCUCCAGAAGAAGGACUCCGGCCGGUACUCCUGUCAGACGGUGGAGCACGGCUUCAUCCAGACGCUCCUCACGGUCGCGCUGGAGGUCAUGGACUCCGAGCACCUGGGCGAGCUGCUGCACCGGGCCGAGGAGGCCGGGGAGGGGGGCCGGGCCCGGGGGGAGCCCCCUCCCCGGACCCAGCCUGCCGGGACCGGGCCGAAGGUCUGGUACAGGGACUUCAUGUCCCUCAUCAACCACCCCGACCUGAACGGCAUGGACGAGUUCUGCCAGCAGGUGUGGAAGAGGGAGCGCAAGCAGCGAAGGCAGAGGGUCCAGACAGCCCAGGCGCAGGCGCAGAAGUGGAGGCACCUGCAGGAGAGCAAGAAGGGCAGGAACAGGAGGACCCACGAGCUGGAGAGGGCGCCGAGGAGCGUGUGACCGGAGAGAGAGAGAGAGACUCCUCCAGAGAGGACAGAGAAGCCAGAACUCGACUGGAAUGCGAACGCGAUUCCCCGCUCUUUAGCGGCGUGCGUUAGCCAGGAUGCUUACAAUGGCAUGGCGGAAAAAGACGCCAUCACACUUGAACCCCCAACCCCACCGCCCCCGCACCACUACCACCCCCAGCCCGACCCCUGACUAAUCUCCCUCAUAUACGAUGGAUGGCACCACCUGAACCAGGCCCUUGUAAAUAGACUAGCAGACAUCGCUUUGGACCUGUAGUUUAAGUUUUGUUCAUUGUUUGGUUGUUCAACUGAAGGUAGGCAGGUUACCCACCCCCAAACUGAUGCCGGUUACUGCAGCGAAACUCCACGAGGUGGACCGUCCUUGCGGGACGGAGGGGCGAUACUGGGGUCGAAAUCGAGUUCAGUUUUUAUCCAAGUGUUCAUCCGUACAGUUUUGAACAAAAUCCUACGUGCUCGUCUUCCACCUUCCCUGGAAGGCGGGCCCUGAGUCUAAAACUUGUGUUUGUGUCCAAGCAGGCCCUACUCAGCAUGGAUCAAGACUUUAAACCUGAUAGAGCAACACAUCCGGAUGCGGAUCAGUAACAUCGUCACUAGUAUUUACCGUAAGAUGAUAUUACUGUCUUCAAGUACAGAGUACACCGUUUCAUUUUCAAAGCUGGCAAUGCUACGUUCUCUGACAAAGUUUAACCCUCGAGACACCGGUCAAUGUGAUGAGUAGCAAAUCUGUGUUAAGGACGGGAAUAAGCUCAUAUUUGGAUACCUAUUUCAACUUGUUUCGCAAAGGAAUGUUUUAUUUUUUACAUCAACAGAGGUCUAUCUAAAAAAAUAAAAAAAAUCCUGGAAGAGUUUAACUUGUAUUUUAUUGUACAUUUCCUUUCAUACUGCAUCCUUGUUACAGUUACAACUUUCAACAUUUUUACAUGUGUCACUCAAUCAUUUUUAACAUUCUUUUUUUUAAGUUAUUUUGGAUAUGUUGUAGCUUUUCUGAGUUUCAGAACAUUCUGCAGUAUAUUCAUGAGUGUGUUGUGCUCAACACAUGUAUAUUAAUAAUCUGUCUUUGAAAAGUAAACUGUUAUUUGUGUGUGUGUAUAUACAUUAUUGUAUCUAUCAAACCAAACACCAUUGUGUAAUUUAUUGCUCUUUGUUUUGUGGGUAGGCUCAUAUAGAAACGAUAAUAACGGUGCUUUGUCACUGGAAUAUAAAUAUGAAAAGCAACAAUGUUAAUAUGUAUUACAUUUCUGUCAGUGUGAUGGACCAAGUCUGCAGUUUUGCACUGUCCAACAAACAUGGCAGCCACUUCUGUCGUUUGUUUUAAACAAUUAGAUUUCGGCUUUUAACAAACAGAUCAGUUCCGUUACGAAAGAAAACUAAUUCACAGUCUGACAAAAUGAGCUAGUACUGGAUCAACUGUUGAUAGUUUGAUAUCUUACAUAAGAAAAUGUUGCAUUUUCUCUACCCUAAAAUACCAGGCGAAAAAGGACACUUUUUAUUUACAUUUCAGUUUUUCUUCCUUACAAAAUAGCUAUACACGCACCUGCCAUGUUGUAGUAGUUCUGUAAUGUAAUGUCACUGAAAACAGCGAAUGCAUUUGCAUGAGGUUGAGAGGCUGGUGAUGGGGGUGGCCUCCACGACUUGGUAGACGAUUGCAUAAUAAGGAGGAUGUGUCUGA